AUGUCUGAUACAAACAAGUCAACCACGUUACUAUUUUCCCAACCAAAUGUCAAGCAAUCUGGAGAAGGGCCCGGUACCCUACCCGGGAGGAUAUCCGGAUCGGCAGUAAAUAAAAAGGGGGUCAAGCGGCGUCACAAAUCCAAAUCAUAUAAGGAGAAAUACGAGGCCAUCAUGGAAGUCGAGAAGGGAGAAAAGUCAAAGAAGCAAAUAGCAGAUGUAUUUGGUGCACGGGGAGCAAAGUGUCCGAAAGUUGAGUCAGCCUUGUUGACUUGGUUCAAAAAUAAACGUCAACUAAACUUACCAAUAUCCGGAGAUGACUUGAAGGAGAAGGCCAAGGAGUUUGCGUCGCAACUCGGCGUUUCUUCUGCAGAAUGCGAGUUUUCAAGCGGAUGGUUAGAUCGCUUCAAACUCCGGCAUGGAAUUGUUUGCAAGACAGUAAGCGGAGAAGCAGGGUCCGUCGACACUACGACUGAUGCGUUCCGGAGAUGGCAGAUGCGCUUGAAAACAAUCCUGUCAGAAACCUCUCCUGACGACAUCUUCCAUGCAGACGAAACUGCAAUAUUUUUCCGCGCUCUACCAGAAAAGACUCUGGAAUUUAAACGCACGUCCUGUCAUGGACCUAAGGUCAAUAAAGUGCGACUAACGGCUCUCGUAUGCGCUAACAUGAGUGGCACUUAUAAAAUGCCGCUCCUAGUACUUGGACGCUCUCAAAAUCCAAGAUGCUUCAAGCAUGUCAAGUCCCUGCCAGUGCAGUACAAAGCUAACAAGAAAGCAUGGAUGACCAGCGAAAUCUUCAAAGAGUGGGUACGAAAGGUCGACGGACUCUACCGCAAGAAGAACCGGAAGAUCAUCAUCAUCGUCGAUAACUGCCCAGCACACCCUGAAGUAUCCAAUCUCAGAGCCGUGACCCUAGUCUUCCUGCCGCCGAACACAACGUCAAUAUUACAGCCUAUGGACCAGGGUAUCAUACGCUCUCUGAAGAUUGGUUACAGAAAGCGGGUCGUCCUGAAGAAGCUGAAAGCCCUCGACGCUGACACUACAUACAGAAUCAGCAUCCUAGACUCCCUCCAUAUGAUGAAAGCCGCGUGGAAUGACGUGAAAUCCACAACAAACGUCAACUGCUACAGGCGCGCUGGCCUCGUUCCUGUCAGCGAACCAUCAAAGGCACCCGUAGCUGAGGAUGAUGAGGACGAUCCCGACGACGAUAUCCCGCUAGCCAGCCUAGCAGCAGCCCUUGGGACUACUACCAUGGACCAGUACAUCGACGUGGACAUCGACAUACCAGCUACAGAAAACAUAGAUGAGGACGACAUCAUCAACGACUUAAUCGGCCAGCGAUCAGCGGACGCUGUAGAAGAUGAACCCAGCGACGACGACGAGGCUGACAACACAAGAACGAUCGUCAUAUCCAAUCGACGUGUGACCACAUGCAUCAACGACGACAUGUACGUGUCGCUUAUAGGACAUUCAGACUAG